AUGACGCUGAUGGAGUCCAGAUCCAUCAGGGCAACCUGUCGCGACCUUGAGCAUUUGACAAAUGAGCUGCAUGGAGCAGCGGCAUCAGCUACUGCGGGUCUGACGUUCUUGCUACUGGCAAUCGUGGCAUUGCCCCAACUGGCCAUAGGUAAAAAGAUAGAGAAACGUUGUCUCAACUGUUCGUAUCGUACGUAUUACACCUACGGCGAUGGGCGCGCCCUGCAGCGGGUUGUCUAUAGAGAUCCGGUCUACACACGUGCCGCACAGUCCUACGGAUGCAGCGGUAAUCCGUGCGGCGUGAGUGCCGUGUGCCAGGAGGCUGCCGGAGGCCGUCCGGUCUGCUCCUGUCCGCCCGGUUACAGCGGUAAUCCGCUCACGCACUGCAAUCGCGGCGAGUGCCUGGACAACGUCGAUUGUCGCGGCGACCUGCAGUGCAAGGACAAUCGCUGCGUUAAUCCCUGUGUGGGUGCCUGCGGCAUUGGCUCCAAUUGUGAUGCCCGCAACCAUGUGGCUGUUUGCAGUUGUCCAGCGGGCUACAAUGGUGACCCCUACCAUGCCUGCCAUCUCAACGAUCCAGAGGAACAGUGCCAUCCGAGUCCCUGCGGCGUGAACACCAAGUGCGAGAUCAUCAAUGGCGUGCCCACAUGCUCCUGUCAUCACGGCUAUCUGGGCAAUCCGCUGAGCGGCUGCCGGCACGAGUGCGAGCACGACGGCGACUGCAGCAGCCGCGACAUGUGCAGCAACUUCAAGUGCGUGCCGUCGUGCGGCCAGUGCGGCACGGGCGCCACCUGCCAAACGGUGUCCAACCAUCGGGCGGUGUGCGAGUGCCCCAAGGGCUAUAUCGGCAGUGCGUAUACGGAAUGCCGGCCGGAAUGCUAUGGCGAUGUCGAUUGUCCCGCCGGUCGGCCCGCCUGCUUCUACGGCAUCUGCAAGAACACCUGCGAUGGCGCCUGCGGCGUGGGUGCCGACUGCAAUCUGCGCGGACUGACGCCCGUGUGCAGCUGUCCGCGUGACAUGACUGGCGAUCCGUUUGUGCGCUGUCGCCCCUUCACCAAGGAGGAUCUGUGCGACCCCAAUCCGUGCGGCUCGAAUGCCAUCUGUGUGCCGGGACACGAUAACACCGGACGCGAGCGACCCGUCUGCAAUUGCCUGCCCGGUCACACGGGCAAUCCACUGACACACUGCACUCGGGGUGAGUGCCUGAGCAACAACGAGUGCCCCGAUCAUAGGGCCUGCAUCAACUAUCAGUGCAUUGAUCCGUGCAUCGGCAAAUGCGCAACUGGCGCCAGCUGUGAGCCCAAGGCCCAUUUGGCCGUCUGCCGCUGUCCGCCCGGACAAUCGGGGGAUGCCCUCGUCUCCUGCCGCCAGACGCGCACCUUUCCCGUGGCCAAGUAUCACUGAAUACCGUUCGAGUAUCAUGGAGUGAAGCUGCAGCCGCACUGCCUGCCACCUGCUAUACCCUGUCUCUCUCUCUCACUCUCACUCUCUCUCUGUCUCUAU